UCAUUUGCUAACAGUGCUGCGGACUGCUGGAUGUUGAGUUGAUUUAAUCCCUCAGGGAAUAGCAAUGCAACAGAACCAAACACUGACAUACCUUACCUAGAUGUCCUUUCCCAGGAGCUCCAGAUCUCUUAAAAUAUAAAGCAUUCCUAUCCUGUACAGUGUACUGUACUGGGUUUAGUCAUCUUUGGACUUUGCUGGGGGUGUCUAAGCAAAACGUUGCAAACCACUGCAUUAUUUCUUCUUAUCUGUUAUGCCAUUUCUAAACUUCUUUUAUCAAUAGUCAGAAUUCUGACUUAAAAUUUCUCUCUGAUGCAUGGUGCAAGCAGUGUGACAUUCAUUUCCACUGCACACAUUUCUAAGCUUGUUUUGAUGUUUCUAGGUGUAACUGGGCUGUGGAGCCAAACUAUGCAAUGCCUGCAAGGUCUGUUUGUGAACAGCUGUUCGGUGUUGGCAACGUGAACCAGGGCAACCAUUUUCACACUGAAGUAAUGGUCAUGUGCUCUGCAUUUGUAUGUCAUUUGUAGGAUUCAGGGAGAAUGCUGAUGAUCAAGGAUGAAAAUAUGUAAUGCAGUAAGGUGCCAUGAAGCAAAAGAACAGAAAUAAAUGGUGUCUGCUUUGAAUUCGUGACCAACAGCCUGGCAUUGUUGAUGUGGGCAAGGGAAAAACAAAAUGAAGGAACUAGUGUCAAACAGCACAACCAGUAUUUCUCAAGCCAGGAAAGCUGUGGAGCAAUUGAAAAUGGAAGCAUACAUGGAUAGAAUGAAGGUAUCCAAGGCUGCAGCAGAUUUAUUGGCAUAUUGUGAUGCACACAUUGGAGAAGAUCCCCUUAUUAUUCCUGUACCUGCAUCUGAAAAUCCCUUUAGGGAGAAGAAACUCUUUUGUACUAUCCUUUGAGUCAGUUUUCAAUUAAAAAUGUCAUCUGCUAAAACUUGGUAUUAGUGUUGCAUGCUUUUAGCAUUUUUUCCUUCAGAUGUCAAUACUUACCCCAUAACUACAAUAACUUUGGAAAGUAGUGCAAUUUCUGCUAAAAAAACCCUUAAAAUUAAAAAAAAAAAACCACCUUACAAAUUCAAGCUAAUGCUUAUCUUUCAGAGCAAUGUACAAGUUUAACUUCAGUUCUUCAUAAAUAUUCUUUUGGUCUUAAUGAAAAUAUCAAGUACAGUAUCAAAUUGUAGAUAUCUUUGCCAGUCAUAGAUUUUUCUGGGACCUAAAUGAGUCAUACCAAUUCUUGAAGCUACUUUUAACAUUCUUAUUUUCUUUGGAAGGUGAAUUCAAUUCAGUUGCCUUUACAAAUUUCUAUCUAAAGAGAGUAGUGUGACCUUUUCCUCAAGUAGCACUAUUUAGGAAAAAGUCCCAGUGAUUUACAUUGUUUAGAAUGAUUGAUCUUAUACAGUAAGUGGUGUCUAUAAAUAUGUUUUUUGAAGACUGUAAGAAACUUGACUACAGAAACAAUCCUAGUAAAGUGCCGUUGUAACUACGAGCCGAAUGAAGAUGUAUAGUCACAAACUAGGAUUGCAUCAAUAAAACUGUAGAAAAAUA